AUGGCAUCCAGAGAUAAAUUCAAGAAGAGGGAGUACCCAGCUCCAGACAUGGCUUCUAUCUUGAAGGCCACGUCUACUGCGAAGGCGAGGCCCCUAAAGCCUGGGUCCAGCGGGGCAAAGGAAGUCCGAGGCAAGGUUGAGCGCCUGUCCAAGGACUGUACUCCCAGGGCUUCGGAGGAGGCAACUCCUCAGAGGCCAGAGAAGCCGAAGGAGCCUCGGGGCAAGGAGAAAGUCCUCGAGGAGACUAAGAAGAGGAAGCUGGUGUACAUCUCCAGCUCAGCUGGAAAGUUUGGGACCUCAGUGUCCCAUAGGGCUGAACAGAUUGGCGAGCCGAAGCUUCUUGCUGCAGCCUCCAAAGCCAUCAAAAUGGAGAUGGUUAGAGAGGUAGAGGCUGAAGAGGCUAGAGCAGAGGCCGCAAGGCGAGCUGCAGAAGCUGCCGAGGAGGAAGCAGUAGAGGAGAAGCCGAUUCGGGAGAAGGGGAAGUCUCCGAGCUUCCUAGCCUGGAGGGAGGAGGAGCUGGCCCCAGCCUUGGUGGAGGCUCUCCCUGAAGAAAUCAGAAGUGCCACCAAGAGCUUUUACAAGUUCUGGACAGAGAGGCAAGGACCCAAGCCUCGGAGGGGAAAGGCUACCUCCCUUGCAGAGGAGGUGAAAGCUGCUAAGGCCGAGGCCAAAGAAGCCAAGGUCCAGAAAGUUGAAGAGGCGGCGAAGCUCGAGUCUGCUCUGGCCCAUAUUGAGGCCUUAAAGAAGGAAGUGCAUGAGUCACAGUGCGAGGUGACUGCUGAGGCUCUUGAGAAGGCGAAUCUCUCCUUGGCCGGUGCUCGAGAUGCUUAUCAGUUUCUCGAAGGCCAGGCGAAGUGGUACAUGAACGACGCCUCCGUUGCCAGAGAAGAGGCCCGAACUGCAAGGGAAGAGGCGGUGAAAGAAUACAUCGCCAAUUUCCACACUACAGAGGAAUACAAGAGCUUCAGUUCGUACUGGAGGAACUUCGCCUAUGCCGAAGUGCUGGAGCGGGCAGAGGAACUGUAUCCCAAUUUGGACCUGGCUCAACUUAGGUCCGAAUUUGUGGAUGAGGUACCUCAGACCCCAGCUGAGGAGGUUCGGGGUGAUGAAGAAGUUGAUGCCGAAGCCCCAAGUGCUGAGGCGCCUCCGUCAUCUAGCCAGGCAUAG